AUGAUAACGUGUCAAAUGCGAAAUUUAUCACUAACAAUACCCGGUCCUUCGUCAUCGUCGAUUGCGUUUGCGUUAUGUCGAUCGCUGUCCUCCACACAAACUGAUAACUCGAAUGAGAGACCGCAGAUGUUCCAACUGGAUCAUGUUCGUUCGAGACUUGAAUUUACGGUCCGUUUGCCUAAAUCUGUUUCGUUCAUUUCAGUAAAUUAG